AUGAACUGGCAGGGGAACGAUCGUCUGCUGUUUGAAGCGCUUCCCCACUUCGACCGGAUUGAAACUAUUGAGGACUUUCGGAUCGUUCUGAACCGGAUCAAUGUUUCUUCGAAGUUAUAUCGCGGCAAAGCCACGGAACUCACGGAAGCCCAGCUUCCCUGUUUGCGGGUGACACACAACGACAUUCAGGUUCUGGCCAGCAAGACCGAAAAUGGAGAGUUCAGGGCCUAUUCCGGUGAGACGGGCCAAGCGGUUGUCUUGACGGCAAGGGAGGUUGCCCGGCAGGACGUAUACGUCGUUUCCGAAGAACGGGAAGAAAACAGCCAGGUCAAGGGCAAUCGCAGCUGGUCAUCGAGUGCAUCGAAGCAAUUCAGGGCCAGCAUUGUCUCCAUUCUCGCAAUCGGAUUUGUUCUUAACAUCGUCGCACUUGGGCCUCCCUUGUUCAUAAUGGCUAUCUACGACAAGGCCAUGGGCGCAAAAUCCAUAGACGUUCUGAUCACGAUGGCUGUCGGGAUCGGUAUUGUUCUGCUUAGCGAAAUAGCGCUUCGACGAACAAAAAACGUUCUGCAGUCCUAUCUCGGUGGACGAAUUGACGCCAUCGUCGGGAACAUGACAUUCGAACGCAUUCUGCAUCUGCCCUAUGCCAUGCUGUCGGAAGCACCUAUCGGAACGCAGAUCAUGCGUUUGCGUUAUUUCGACAGUGUGCGUGAUAUGUUUCAGAGUUCGCUUUUCAACGCGGUCAUCGAUCUUCCGUUUACGCUGAUCUUCAUCGUUGCGAUCUUCCUGAUCGGUGGACCUGUGGCUCUGCCACCGCUCGCCCUUCUCACGAUCUAUGCCCUGAUUGCGGUCUAUGUACUGCCAAAGGUUCAGCGCGAGGUCGCUGCCGUCGGAGAGCAGAAAUCGAAACUGAACAGUUUCAUGAUCGAGACCUUCCGGAACCAGCGCGCGCUGCGGAACCUGUCUGUGGAAGACACCUGGCUGGACAGGUUUUCCAACCUAUCGGCCAGUUUCAACAGGCUCAAUAUUCACGCCCGCAACCUGACGCAUUUGCUGCAAACGAUUUCCCAGACACUCAUGACAGUCUGCGGCGUUCUUGUACUUGGAAUAGGCGCAAUGCAGGUCAUGAACGACAACAUGAGUCUGGGUGCCCUGAUCGCAACGAUGGCGUUGUCUUGGCGUGUUCUCAAUCCGAUGAACCAGGCCUUCCUGAGCAUAACGCAGCUAGCCCAGAGCAGAACGGUUCUGGAGCAGAUCGACAAUCUGAUGAAAGUGCCGCUCGAGCGUGAACCGGGCCACAUGUCCAAGAUCACCCGCGAUGUGCAAGGUGACCUGAAGAUUUCUUCUCUCGUUCUGAGAUAUCCAGGUGCAACGGAGGCGUCUUUGAAAGGUGUCGACCUGACAGUGCAACAGGGGGAAAUGAUCGCCAUCACCGGACCGAGCGGUUCCGGCAAGUCGACGCUUUUCCAGGCAAUCACCGGUCUUUUCCAGCCGCAGGUCGGCUCGAUACUGUUUGACGGUCUCGAUGUGCGCCAGCUGGAUGCCGGUGAAUGGCGCUCCAAAAUCGGAUAUGCGACCGAUGAUUUUGAUUUCUUUUAUGGAACGGUCAAGCAGAACCUUCUGCUCUCGGAACCUGGAGCGAGCGACAUCCGUUUGAAGGAAAUCGCAGAAAAGCUUGGAUUGCUGCAGUAUCUGAACGACAACUUCGAGGGUCUCGAAACACGCCUGAACGGGGAAAUUCUCAAACAGAUCCCGGACAACAUGAAGCAGCGGAUUGUGCUGGCCCGUGCGCUUGUCAAGGACGUGCCCCUCUAUCUGUUUGACAACCCGGGAACGCAUCUGGAUUUCGAUGGCGAUCGUAAAUUCAUGGACAUGAUGCAGGCGCUUCAUGGCAAGGCGACCAUCCUGAUCAACACCCAGCGUCCAAGUCACAUGAAAAUGGCCGAUCGUGUUGUGGUCUUCAAUGCGGGCCAGAUCGCAAUGAUGGGGCCGCCGUCUCAGGUUGUACCUGUUCUGAUGGGACAGACCGCCAAGGCCGGGUAA